AUGAAUAAUGACAAUCAGAAUGCUUAGGUAAUUCUAAAGGCAAGUCUUACAAGGACAAGAAUUACUAAGAUUCUAUAAAAAAAACCAGACUUUCAAUUAAAACUUAAGCUAGAUGCUCUUGAUUCAAUAAUUUCUAAUUUGCCUACUGAAGAAGAAUCUCCACCAUAAUAAGUUUCGCUACCAUUUUAAUCUUCUUCAAUUCUCGAUAAAGCCAAAGAAAUAAUUACAGCUAGAAAGCAAAAAAUUAAUUUUGAUUCUGUAUACUUAGAACUUAAGAAAGAGACAUGCUAUGAAGAUUCAUUCAAUCAAUUAAUAGUGGAAAAUCUCGAUAAAUAUAAUAAUCAUUAAGAUAUAACCUUGAAAAAAGCACAAAUUAUCAUAAAGCAUAAAUCUGAACAGUAAAUUGUUCAUGGAUACCAGUUACUACCAAAAAUUGCUGUUAGUAAUCAAAUAAAACGAAAAAAAGAAACAAUGAAACUACUUAAUUAACAACUAAAAAGUGAUCAAUAAUUGGUUAAAUAAUAAACUUUAAGGGAACUUUAAUAAAUGAAAUUACCAGAUAUAUUUUAAAAUGUUACUAUAAAUGAUUUGAAAUAAAAAGAAAACAUCCAAAAGUUCGUUUUAUAAGGAGAGUUUUAUUAAUAAUGGAAGAAGUCCUUUAAAUUAAGGUAACCUCCUUCCUUGGUACAAUCCUUUAAGAGCAUGAAUUAAUAUUUAUUAGAUUCAGCAGAUUACUUAGAUAAAGUAAAUAAAAUAGAUAGAAAAAAAAUAACAGAUCAAAUGGAAUCUCUAACAGAGUUUGUUGGGAUUCAAUAUGAAAAAUUAAAGAUUAAAACUGAUCCAUAUUGA